AUGGACGACUGUUUCUCGCCUCUCAAGAACAAGACCACGUGGACUCUCGCGAGAGAGCAGUGUCGCGAGGCCGGCGGUCGCAUAGCAACGCCCAGCGACGCGCGAACGGAGCUCCAUCUGCGCUAUCACGUGCAAGACGGUGAUCCUGGCACGUGGAUUGGCCUUCUGUCCGAGCCGGGCCGUAACGGCAGCACCGGUUACUCGUGGGUCGACAUGAGCGGUGGUUCGUCCGCAGUCCCCUUCCAUAGGUUUUCGAAUUCAAGCUGGAGACGGACUCAGCUAGAGACGGACGUGUGUGCUUUGGUCCCUGCUUCUCCUAUCGUCCCGUGGGAGUUUGCCGGGUCCUGUCUGAGCACGGAUUAUUACUACGCGUGCCAACACAGUGCCGUAAAACCUCCAGGUGAUCCUGGCACGUGGAUUGGCCUUCUGUCCGAGCCGGGCCGUAACGGCAGCACCGGUUACUCGUGGGUCGACAUGAGCGGUGGUUCGUCCGCAGUCCCCUUCCAUAGGUUUUCGAAUUCGAUCAUUGAAGACCAGCUAGAGACGGACGUGUGUGCUUUCGUCUCUGCUUCUCCUAUCGUCCCGUGGGAGUUCGCCGGGUCUUGUCUGAGCACGGAUUAUUACUACGCGUGCCAACACAGUGCCGUAAAACCUCCAGAUGCGCUCUUGCAUCUGUACGUCGACAUGGGGUCACCGACGCCGUCCGCUGCUGCCGACGCACCAAUAGUUCACAUCACCGCACGCGAUUUCAUGCAUGAGUCUAUCGAAAUCUCUCCUCGCAUUACCUGCUCCUUCCGGCACGCCCACCGCGAGUUUCCGAUCAAGUGGGUAAAGGACGGGUUGGAGAUUGAUCAGCCGAAUCCGCCGCCAGGCGUCACUGUGGUGUCCGAAGCUCUUCUGUCCAUCGUCAGGACCAACAAGUUAGUAUGUUGGAGAAUUUCGCAGAAAGGUGGCUCUAGCGGCGUUCUGAGCAUUCCCGAGA